GGCCUAUAAAAGGUGUCCCUGCCCUGGCUCCUCAUCCACUUUGGUUCCUCAGCAGAGAGUACCUGUCUGUGUCUGUGAGCAAGGUUUACUGAACUCACUGAGAGAUGUCCUGCCAGCAAAACCAGCAGCAGUGCCAGCCCCCUCCCAAAUGCCAGACUCCUAAGUGCCCCCCCAAGUGCCCUCCCCAGGCUCCAUGCCUUACUCCUGUCUCUUCUGGCUGUGGGUCCAGCUCCGGAGGAUGCGGCAGCUCAGGCUCUGAGAGCGGCUGCUGCCUCUUUUCCCAUCACAGGAGAUCCCCCAGAUGCAGGGGCCAGAGCCCUGGCCGCUGUGACAGUGGCUGUGGCCGCAGACAGCAGUCUGGAGACUGCGGUGGUGGCUCUGGGGGUUGUUGCUGACCUGCUUGCCCUUGGUUGAGGAGCAGAAUUUCAGGAAUCAGGAUAAGCCACUGACCUCACUUCUCCUGGCUGAUUCACCUCACUACCCCUCGGGUUUAAGCUGCUGAGACGUCCUUUGGGACCGGAGAGACUCCAGGAUUAUCACUUCAUCUCCUCUCAAAUUCCCCAAAUUUCAGAGCUGAAUCCAACCUUUUCUGCCUCAUUUAUCUAAUGCAACAAUAAAGCUCUACUUGGUCAAA